CCAGGCACCCAGAGCUAUAUUACCCCUUUGAAAAGUUUCCUGUAACUCAGAGCCGUCUCUCAGAAGUUAUCGUUUGGAUAAGUUCAGCUCCUUUUGAUAAUUCAUUUGAUUAAAGUCGACCCCUGUAACCGCGCCGCGGCUGGCAGCUGGAUAUCCCAAUAUUAUACAUUUUCCUUUCUUUAAACCGAUGUUAGAAGCAAUCAUGCAGGACGAAGAAAACUCCCCAGUCUCUCCAGUAGAGAGCCUGAGCAACAGUGAGGACGAAGGAGACAGGCAGCUGAAAAAAAGUGUCAGAAAGAGGCGACCGAGCAGGAAAUCUGGAGAGGAAACAGACAGCCCUGCGUCAGUGAAAAGGGGCAAGAAGAGGGACGGUAGCCCCCAGUCCUUCGAAGAACUGCAAACCCAGAGGGUCAUGGCCAAUGUAAGGGAGCGCCAGAGGACACAAUCCCUCAACGAAGCCUUCUCUGCCCUGCGCAAAAUCAUUCCGACCCUACCGUCGGACAAACUGAGCAAAAUCCAGACCCUCAAGCUCGCAGCGAGGUACAUCGAUUUCCUUUACCAGGUCUUACAAAGUGACGAGCUGGACAACAAAAUGUCGAGCUGCAGUUAUGUGGCACACGAGAGACUUAGUUACGCUUUCUCAGUGUGGAGGAUGGAGGGAGCCUGGUCCAUGUCCACAUCACACUAGCAGCUACCCUUAGGACAAAGGUGAAAAAGAUUUGCCACAAAAGGGCCAACGGCUGGACAGACAACAGAGUUUGACGUCUGGAUACUUAAACACGUUGAUCUUUGCCACUGAUGGAUCAUAAGAGAAAAGUUAAAAAAAAUUCUAAUGGAAAGGGCGUGGGAAGCACUUACAGAAAUCGAGUCCUGGACGUGGACCCAUCCAAUCGUGCGGCUAUACAAUCAUUUGUACAUCUGAGGUGUAUUUUGCCAUUCGCAUCAUUUUAUCCUGACGAUGAAUGUUGUUGGAACUCAUUCCUCCUUUACUAUGCAUGCCUUCAACAAUCAUGUCUAUAUCUGCUAUUGAGGACGCAGGAAAGAUGAAUUAUCUUAUUUUCUUUUUUCCAAAACUACUACGGUGACCAGGUCUAAAGUGACAAUAAGUUUUAGAAAAUGGACCAAACUGUUAUUGCAAAAUCCGGUUGGUUAGCCUUUCCUCUCUUGAGAAAACAUUUAUUUAUUUAUUAAUGUGCCAUGUCUCAAUGCAUAAAGAUCUGGUGUCUAAAUGCAUUCAUAUUUUUGUGAUCGUUUUGUAAAUAUCUUUGUAUAUUUUCUGCAAUAAAUACCUAUGAUCUAAA